ACGCGCGUUCUUCCUGUUUCCUUCCUCGCGUCUUGAAGUGUAUCUUCAGCGGCUCGCGCAGAAUUAACAAUCAGAGAGAAGAGAGCGGCGCGAAGCCCUGCCUCCUGGAGGUCUCCAAUAUCCUCACCAGCCCUUCUCUCUCUCUCUCUCUCUCCCUACUGCAAGCAGCAAGCUUUCCUCCUCGCUGGCUACUAAUACUACAAACACAGGUCCCGGGAUUCUCGAGCUGUGCCCAGCUGACAAGCUUUUGAAGAUGGCACAAUAACAGUCCAGUGAUGCCUGACCAUGACAGCAUAGCCCUCUUAACUAGACAUACGAAAAGACGCAGGGUCGACAUUGGAGUGAAGAGAACUGUAGGGACAUCUACGGUGUUUACUAAAGCGAAAGUGAAGCUAUUCAGUGCCAUGAAUCCCCACGGUUCAGAUCAGGACAUUGAGUGCUCAGUGGUUCAACAUACAGAUGGGGACAAAUCAAAUGUGCUCCGCAAGCUGUUGAAGAGGGCAAACUCAUAUGAAGAUGCCAUGAUGCCUUUUCCUGGAGCUACCAUAAUUUCCCAGCUGUUAAAAAAUAAUGCUACCAAGAAUGGAAGCUCAGAGCUCAAUUUGCAAGCCAGUGGUCUCUCCAGCACAGGCUCAGAAGCAAAUCAGGAGGAUGCCUGUAGCAAUUCUUCAAGGGAAAGUGCCCAAGAAUGCGUGUCGCCAUUUAGCAGACCUAGCAUGAGCCAGUUUGAUGUAGACCGGCUUUGUGAUGAACAUCUGCGGGCUAAACGUGCCCGAGUUGAGAACAUAAUUCGAGGCAUGAGUCAUUCACCAAAUGUGGCAUUGCGGGGUGGAGAGAAUGAUCGAGAUGGGGUGCAGCAGCCUGUGAGUCCUAGAGAAAGCUAUAGGGAAAACAAACGUAAGCAGAAGCUUCCCCAACAACAGCAACAGAGUUUUCAACAAUUGGUUACAGCCCGGAAAGAGCAAAAGAGAGAAGAACGACGUCAAUUGAAGCAACAGCUGGAAGACAUGCAGAAGCAACUGCGGCAGCUCCAGGAAAAAUUCUACCAAAUAUAUGACAGUACAGAUUCUGAGAAUGAUGAAGAUGGCAACAUGUCUGAAGACAGCAUGCAAUCAGAAACUGCUGAUACUAGGGCACAUGACAGGUCUGACAAUGAGAUGUCGGAUCUAGAUCCAGGACACUUCCUUGAUCGUGCUCGUGCUCUUAUUAGGGAACAGGAAAUGGCAGCAGAAAAUGAAAAAUUAAAGAGAGAUGGCCACUCAAGAAAAAGCCAAGGCCCAACAAAUUUGCAUGCUGAAGGGAAACAGCUAGCUGAGACUCUUAAACAGGAACUUAAUUCCACCAUGUCACAAGUAGUGGACUCUGUAGUCAAAAUGUUCUCUAAAUCCUCCCACCAGCUUCCUCAGGUCUUCCCACCUAUCCAGAUUCCACAGGCAAGAUUUGCUGUGAAUGGAGAGAACCACAACUUCCAUACUACUAAUCAGCGGCUUCAGUGCUUUGGUGAUGUCAUCAUUUCCAACCCAUUGAACACUUUUGCCAACAUGCAUGUAUCUAACCCUUCAGACCAGACAGAAGCACUGCCUCUAGUAGUACGCAAAAACUCAUCGGAGCAAUCUGCUUCCACUCCUUCUAUGGGUGGCCAUCACAGCUCUCUUCAUCAGUCCCCACUCUCAGCUGCAGCAGGAUUUUCAUCCCCUGCUUUCCGCCACCCACUGCCUCUCCCUCUUAUGGCAUAUUCCUUUCAGAGCUCUAUAGGUAAUGCCUCCAGCACAGUUUCUGGGAAAGACAGGUCAUCUCCUGAGUCCUUGGACUUGACCAGGGAAACUGCCUGUCUGCGGACCAAAGUGUCAUCACACCACAUGAACCAUCGUCCGUGCUCACCAAUGCAUCCAUCCAGCACAGCUGAAGGUCUCUCUUUGUCUCUCAUUAAAUCUGAGUGUGGUGACUUGCAGGAUAUGGCAGACAUUUCACCAUAUUCUGGAAAUACAAUACAGGAAGGACUGUCACCUAAUCACUUGAAAAAGGCCAAGCUGAUGUUCUUCUACACCCGGUACCCUAGUUCUAACAUGCUGAAGAUGUUCUUCUCUGAUGUGAAGUUUAAUAGGUGCAUCACCUCACAGCUUAUCAAGUGGUUCAGCAAUUUCCGAGAAUUUUACUACAUCCAGAUGGAGAAGUUCGCUCGUCAGUCGAUUAAUGAUGGAGUAACAAGCACCGAGGAGUUAACUGUCUCCCGUGACUCCGAGCUCUUCAGAGCCUUGAAUAUGCACUAUAACAAAGCAAAUGAUUUUGAGAGCUGUUCCUAUUCGAAUGAGGCCCAAGGCUCAAUACCUGAAGUUCCUCGAACCUCUCCCAUGCAUGUGCAGCAGGUUCCGGAGAGGUUCUUGGAAGUGGCUCAGAUCACAUUACGAGAGUUUUUCAAUGCCAUUGUUGCAGGCAAAGACGUUGAUCCUUCCUGGAAGAAGGCCAUCUACAAGGUCAUUUGCAAGCUGGACAGCGAGGUCCCGGAGGUUUUCAAAUCUCCAAACUGCCUACAAGAGCUACUACAUGAGUAAAGAUGCCGAGAGCCAUCUGAAUGUAUCAGAUGUAAUAUACCCCUUCUGUUCUGAUGUCCAAUCCUAGUAUUGUUGCUUUUCUCAGCUGAUUUGUUAAUUUUCCCUAAUGUUUUACCCUUUUACAUUUGACCUUGUAAGAAGAUUAUUCACCACAGCCUUGAACCCACAAAAACUGAUACCUGAACCCUUCUGUUUUGAAGAUUAGAUUUGAUUUGAUUUGGUUUACUGAAGGAAAAAACUGAAGUGUGAGAGUGUACUUGAUUUUUUUAUUUCAAGGUAGGGUAUUACACCUAAAGUAAUCUGCUCUGUCAGACCGAAGGAUUUGUUAAUGAUUACUUGUGGCAAAUGGCAAAUAACUAUGACAUCAUUUGGACAAUAAAGUAGCUGUCAUGGGAUACAACACUACACACUAGGAGGUUUCACCCAGCUAUAUCAUUAUAAGAAAUAUCUAAGCCUGCUAUUGUUUUGAUCUCAGGCAUGAUACCAAUUGAUCUUUGCCCCCAGACUAGAAUACAUUAUAUAGUCAGACCUUACCUAGUGUCAUUCUAAAUCUACAUAACCACCACCUUGCAAAUGACAUGUUUGAUUCUUCAGUCUUUAGCUAAUAUCGGUCGUGUUGUGCUGAUCCCUAUCUUACAAUUAUCUUUUGCUUUCCUACUAAAAUUAACUAUUUCUGCCAAGAUUCAUUAUUUUUUCACCAAAAAUGACCACUUCAUGUGAAAACAGGCUUUCUGAGACUGAACAAUUCCACUUCCUCUCAGUGAUCGAGAAUCAGGUUUCAGUGCACUUCUAAUGAUUCCAAAUUAAUUCUGUAAAGGUUCAUAGCUCUCCAGAGAUUGGUUUUACCACCGCCCCCCCCCCCUCACCCAGGGAGAAUGGGAAAAAAUGCUGUUAGUUUUUACUGAAUUCUGAUAAAAAUAACAAAGCUCUUAAGUAUUUAAAUUCAAAGUGUGAUUUAAAUUCAAAGUGUGGCUGUCCAGUCAGCCUGGUGUUCAUUAGCAGCAGUUUGCAUUGAACCUACAGCUGAGAUUUAUUUUUUGGAGUUGUUGAUGUACUCCAUUAAUAUCACUUUUAUUUACUGAAACAAUUGUACUGUAUUCAGUUCUUUAAUACCAUGUAAACUGACAGAUUUUCAAACCAAGAAAUGUGCUGUGAACUUUAUUGGAGACUUUUUUUCUGGCUCUGCUGCUUAAAGUAAUACUAAUGUAACGGUUUGCAUUGCAUGGUAUCACUGAAGGAAAGGGAACUUGAAAAUUGAAUUGAAUUAAUGAGAAUGUGUCAGUUUACCACUUUUGAAACCAUGAAAAGACAUCAGAUUGUCAUUGUUUAAAUUAGAGGGAAUCCAUUCAGGUACAAAAGAAAAAAAACUCAAAUGCAAAAAACAAAUGUGCUUUAAAGUGCAAAACAUUAUAAGAGUACUGUUGAGUGCAUUAUUGUAAUUAGAACACAGAUUAUUUGUGAAAAUGGUUGCUUCUACAUAGUGUGCAAACAUUCUAUUGACACGGAAAAUCGCAUGUGCAUAAACAUGCCACACUGUUAGCAUCGGUUUUAAACUAAAUUGCUCACCAUAGGGAAUUUGAGGCUGUGACCAGAUUGAAUCUGAUUUCUUGUUAACUGCAACUACAUGAAAGAAAUUACAUUUUGUUUUAAAUCAUUUGCAAGGACACCUAUUGUAUUAAAUCUGAUUUGAUGCCACUUCACAAACAGCAAGAUUUCUCCCCCUCAUCCCAUUAUCUUCUGUAGCAAUUUGGUUUUUAUAUUGACAGUGACUGCUGAAAGCGUCUUGAGUCACUAGAUGAAGAGAACAUGCUGAACCGUGUACAAUCUUUAAAAUUUAUAUAUAAUAUAUAUACAUAUUUACGCAGUUGUACUGCAAAUGCCCUCAUUAGCCUGAUUUACUUGUUAUUGGAGUGUGACCUUUAAUAGUAGUGUAUUUAUUUUAUUUGCCAACAUAAUUACUACUGAGAGCAAACUUAUAUAUAUGACAUUGUGAUCUAUAGCUGUAUCUGUGCCAGUUUAUUUGACUUUAAACCAGUCCAUUUUGAUCGCACACAUUUUGAAUCAAUCAGAUCCACCGGCCAGCACAUUGACAAGAUAUAUUAAAAUGACUAUAUUGAGGUAUUAUGAACUGUUAGAACUGGAUUUGAAUAUAGCCAUUCUGCCUUUAAUUGCAGUUUCUGACGAAAUGAAGAAGCAUGCAAGUGUGCACUUUCCGAAAACACAAUUUAAGAUAUUAUAUUAAAGAAGGAUUGGCAUAAUUAUUGCACCUUUUUGUAAUGUUUCUAGAUAGAAUGAUUUUUCAACUUGCUGGCUCACCACAGUUCAGUGAUUCAUUUAGUACAAAAGACAACUGUGCUGAUCUCUUGUUAUAAUGCUAGAUCCCUGUAACCAGAGGGUAAAAAUGGGUCUGUUUUGGUUUCUGCCUUAGUUAAAACUAAUUCAUGUCAAACUUAUUGGUUUACGGUGUGUUACAGAUUCCUUUUUGCCUAAUUGGGAAAUCAAACCGACACAACUAGAUGUUAAAUGGGUUGUGUCAUCAGGAAUUUCUGGUGUGCAAGCUGGAAAUUCCUGAUUGUAAGCAGUGAUUCACUCAACAAUUUCCAGGCUGCAGAAAGGCUGAUACUGCAUUAUAAUUUUGUUCAAUAAGUAUUAUUGGAAAAGAUUCCAGUAGGUUCCUAGUCCACUACCUUAGACAAUACUAAACUGAAGUAUAGUUAGUUAGAAUGGCUGAGACCAUUCUAAGCUGUUAACCACAAUUGGUCACCACCUGACUCUUUUUAGCAAAAUGACCUUGUCACUUUAUAAUGCAUCCAUAAUUGUUUUUAUCCUUUCACUGGCAUUGAUCUAUAUUUAGGGUUGAAAUAAAACCACUCCAAGAUAUACAAUGCUAAAUUUAGGAUUCCUGUGUUAUUUUUCCCUCUAUUUUACAUAAAUCAUACAUGAAUUCAUUAUGCAGUUCAACAAUACUGAAUUUUAUUUUCAACUUGUGGAUCUGUUGGUUAAAUGGCAUCUGCAGGACUGUAGUUUCACUGUAAACACCUGCACUGAGUAUUCCAGAUUAGAAUUGGACAAACGUGCAUCACUGCAGAAUUUACUUUUGAGUAUAAUCUGAAUAAAUUAAGACUGAGUUAAUUGUAACUGGGUGCAAAAACUGUUCAGGCUAUGGAACCUUUGUAUGUUGGAUUUUAGCAUUACAAACUUAGGUGCCUACAGAAUGUACAAAUACAUCAACACUUUAUGAAACAUUUUUGGAAAAAAAUGUACAAUACAUUUUCAAAAUUUAAAACAAAAAGCAAUCCCAAUUUUGAUGUAAUUUUUAACAACCCUAUCAGGCAGAGAUUAUAUUGUUCAGAAAACUACUGUACUUUGAGUAGAUGAAUAAUAAGGAUCAAAACCUCUGAUUUAUAUAGUAAAAGUUUAACGUUUGUUUGAAGCCGAGGUGAGAAUGUGGUACAAUAGAGUAAAUUAACCAUUCAUAUUGAUAAUGGUGUAGCACUAGAGCAUUAGUGGAAUUCAUUAUUUUUGGUUUCUUUUGCACAGAAGUGUUGCUUAUAGCCUCAAGAGGUUAUAAAAUUAUAAUUUGUCACAAAAAAGAAAAUUUCAACUUUACAACAGCAGAAACACAGUGAGCCAAUGCAAGGUUUAAAUGUUUUCUUUUAGAAUUCUAUACUAAAUUGACCAUCACAUAGAGCAGAUAAUAACUGGCAUCGAGAGGCCUACUGUCAACUUAAUAAUUCAAGCAGCAUGAGAAUUACAAAAUUGUGUUUUUGCUUUAUGUAGUAUUUUCAUGAUUCAACUCAAUCUGAAAAAUAGUUACCUGAAGAUGAUCAGAGCACUUAAAAUCUAGAAUAUACAAAAUUUUACAUAUUUUCUACAUUUACAAUUUAAAAAUUAUGAAGAGUGAGAUUUGUAACGAUGUGACUACCCCCAGUGCUACAGUUGAACUAGUUGUAAGUGUAGUUGAUGGAUAGAAAUGCAGGGAAGCAAUUAAUGUCAGCACAUAGCCUUAAAACCUGCUGACUUCAAAUUAACAGCACAAUGCCUGCAAUGCCCUGUCAUUAUUAUAAAGCACUUGCAGUAUCUGCAGACUUUAGGCAAUGCAGACAAUAGCAAUGGAGUGCCAAUGUAUUCACUAUGCAUCUAAACCAAGUCUGUCUUUUUAAUUUUGGUAUGCCCCAAAGUGCUGAUUGUUUUAUUUUGGUUGUGUUCUACACUAUUCCUCAGCCCUGCCUGACAAAAUUAUGUACCAGUCACUCAGUCUCAAUUAGUACUGACAUGUUGUGACUAUGAAAUUUGAAAUCAAACUUGUCUAAUGAAAUUAGUCAUGAGUAUUGGUGGUCCUAUUAUAAGACUGACCUUGAAGAAUACAAGCUAACAGUUCUGUGCUGACAUUACAAUGUGGUCUCAAUUAGAGGAGCAAUGAUUAUCAUAAACAGAGUAAAGGGUCCUACUACCUUGUUUAAUUAUUUGGAGAUUAGAGGAUAAUGUGUGUAAGAUUUGUCAAAUAAUUAAAUUGUGCACACAAUUACAAAGUUUAUCAUAUACCCUGGCAUUUUGUAAAAAUCAAAACAAUUGGAUUCUAAAGAAUUUCAGUACCUCUAUUCUGUAAUGAUUGCACCGCUGGUCUAAUAGGAGAGUUUUGUAAUAUGAUUUUAAUAAAGACGCGUUCAACAGUCUAGUUGUAAUUCCAUUUAAACUAAUUUCUCUUUGUGCAGUAUAUAAAGAAUGUUCUGGAAAUUUUAUUUGAACUGGAAUGCUUUUAUGAGAGCCAUAAUGCCUUUGUGCCUCCAGCUACAUUUUCCUUACAAACCUGAGAUUAUCUCGAUUGCUUCACAAGGUUUUCUGUCAUUAUACUGGCAUACACUUUAUGUAUUCAUGAUGUAACAGCUACAAGAGGCAGGAGAUCAGAUGUUUUAGAGUGGAAAUUUAUAUAGUUUAUUAUGAGCUCAUGAUGGAUGCUAUAUCUGUAAAUUAAUUCCCAUUUUCUGUACUCUUAUUGCUAAUAGAAAUUUAACAUUGCAUAUAAACUUGAGGUGAUAUCCUGUGCCUAGACCUUAAAUGCACCAGCUUGAAGGAUACAGACACCUUCAAUUUACCAAUUUCCCACAUAUACAAUUGUUCUUGUGCCUUCUGUGGCUGAACAUUUCUUGUUUUGGAAUUCUUGAGGUUUUCCUUUUUAUUCAUAACCCACUGCAAUAAAUGCCAGAUUUUUUUUUCCUGCAGUUUACCAUGAUGGUAAUAGCUAUGCACAUAUUGUAUCUUUAUAAAAAUUAAACAGCUGGAAAAAAUUUUUGAAGAGAAUUUUUAGAACAGUUUGAUAAAGCAAAUUAUUUUUUCCUCUUCGACUGUUUGCUCAGCAUUCGAGUUUGGGAAAUCUUGUAGAAGCCAAUUUUUUGUAACUGUGGUGCAGAUUUUGUGUUUUCAUAGAUUAUAAAAAGUAGUAUAGAAGCAAUAUUUCAUAUGAUGUGUUUUACGUGUGAAGUGAAAGCUGAUUUUUCCCUUUAGAUGGACAACUUUUCUAUUUUAGACAUGCUGAAAAUAUGUUUUGUGAAGAGAAUGUUUUAUUGUGACCUCUGCGACACUUAUAUUUAUGACUAUUGCAGGAUUUGUCGCAGAGAAUGUUCACAGUAGUGAAAAUUUACAUGGCAGACAUUGAGUUGUAGUAUUUAAAUAGUAUGAGGUAUUUACUCACAUAUUUUGUUGCAGUUAGAUUGUGCCUCAGAAUAUCAAAAGCUGGUAAUCGCUUUAAGUUUCUGAAUUAAUAUUUUUGAUUUUUUAAACAUGCUGUUGUAAAGUAAUUGCAUGAAAAAUAUGUGGGUAAAUACAAAGAAGUUUAAAAAGGGAGCCCUCGAGAAAUGCUAACCUUAAAUUACCAUUUUUCACUCAAUUUGUUUUGCAUACUCUUCUUCUUCCUCCUUUUAUAUUUUUCAACUAAUCACCUUUCACAUCCGAUUUAUGUUGCGAAACAUAUUGCUAUCACAAGAAAUACAAUGCAUGAUGUGAUACUGAUCAAAAAGUAUGUAUUUAAUUUCCUUUGAAAAAUACCUAUUGCCGUUUUCCCCACAAAUGUAAGCUCAUUACCCCUUGGAACUCAUUAUAUUUAUAAAAAUUCUUUGACGUUCACUUCAUGGUUUGUUGUAUUCAAAAUCCACAAAUUCUGCGCUCAUUACUCAUUAUGACUUCUGUAUCUUGUAAAAUAUUUACAGAAUGUAUAUUGCAUCUACCCAGUAAAUAAAUGAGUAAAUGGAUGAAUCCUGAGACCUUGUGGUGAUGUCAGUGGCACAGAAAUCAACAGCUACAGCAAAAGCACAUGCACUUGUAAAUUAUGUAAUUUACCCAAAUCCUGACCACGUAUAAUUUUUUUUAAGUGGUAGUUUAAUGUUGACCUGUUUUUUGAGAACUCCCUUCAAAUUGAAUGAAAAGGGAGACGGCUAUUUUGGAAAUGGUUACUGCGUAUUGCACUUCUAUUGCAGAAUGUGAAGUUGAAUGAAACACGCUCAUCUUGUCAUAGAGAACUGUGGGAUAUGAACUGCCUGCGAUGAAAACGCUUGUAUGUAUAUGGUUGCAGAAAAGUGACAAAAACACUGCCUUUAUAUUAUUUAGCAAUAUGUUGUACAUAACAUUAUGCUCCUUUUUGUAUUAAAUACCUGUUAAUUUGAAAAUAGUGCAGUAAUUGAAACUGACCUAGUCAGUGUUUUUGAUUUUUUUCUAGCUAGAAACCAUUUUGAUUGUGGAAUUUUGUUGUUGUUGUCAAUUGUUCUGAAACUUUGCAUAAUUUAUUGGUUUAAUUUAUCCUAAUUUAUUUGAAGGUGUACAAUUUUGUAUUACCAGGGAUGUACUGUAAUAAUUGAUCAUAUAAUGAAAUGAUAAUCCCUGUCCAUGUUAUAGGGGUGCAGUAGCCAACUGACUUAAACAAUCCUUAUUAAAUUCUGCUUGGCAGCUACUAAAUUUUGAAGAUAAAACCUUUUGUUGAAUAACUGAUUUUAUUUUGUGUGUUUUAAGCUUUUUUGUAUGGUAUCCAGACUUUUACCUUUGCUUUGUACCACCUACAGACUACAGUAGUUCAAUUGCCUUGUGUGCCUUCCAUUCUUCUCUAAACUGAAUGUAUGUGCAGUAUAUAUGCAAGCUUGUGCAGAAUAAAUAUAAUUCCAAAUA